CCAGUGGCAAGGGGGGGGGAACACGAGUGUGGAAUGGUGAGAGUGCUCGUAUGAUACCAGUGGAGCGUUGGUGGGGCUGUGCACGUUAGAAGUUUCCUGCUGUGAAGGAAACUAACAGCAAUUCAUUUUGCGGAUUCCCGCACGAUGGAUACACAGCCUGACUGCAAUACCAUCAAAGCAUCACUGCAACCUUCUGCAACAUCAGACAUGGCGGUCGAGGAUGUAUCGAGCGCCGACAUGGCCCGCGCCAAGACGCUGCUAGACGACCUCUCCGACGGCAUCGGUAAGACCAGCUCGCUGGUGGCCGCCCUGACCGCCAAGGUGAAGGACGGGCAGCUGGACACGGCGCAUGGCCUCAGCUUCCUCGAGAUGAAGAACUACCUGCUGCUGAGCUACCUGGCCGACCUGACGCAGGUUAUGUCACUGAAGCUGCGCGGCCGCUCGAUCGCCGGCGACGCCAGCGUCGACCGGCUGGUGGAGUUGCGCACCGUGCUGGAGCGCAUCCGACCCAUCGACCAGAAGCUGCGCUACCAGGUGGACAAGCUGGUGCGCAUCGCCACCACCGGCCAGCUGGGCGAGGGCGACCCGCUGCGCUUCAAGCCGCAGCCGGGCAACCUAGCCAGCCGGCUGGACGACGAGGCGGGCAGCGGCAGCGACAGCGACGAGCCGGCGGCAGGUGCCGGCCGCCAGAAGUCCGACGGUGCUGCCCUCUACGUGCCGCCGCGCAUCGCCGCCGUGCCGUACGACGGCGACGAGACGGCCGAGUCGCGUCGCGAGCGCCGCCUGGCGGCAGCGCGCCGCCGCGCGCUCAGCAGUUCGGUGAUGCAGGAGCUGGGCCGCCAGUAUCUGGACACGCCCGAGGAGGUGCACGACCUGAGCGACACGUACCGCAACCGCAGCACGCGCGAGGAGGCCGAGCGCACCAAGUACGAGGAGGACUUCAUGGUGCGCCUACCGGAGACGAAGCAGGACCAGCGACGGCGGCGCGAGCUCACCACUGACUGGUCGCUGGGCGAGGAGCUGACGCAGCGCGCCGACCUCUCGGCGCUCGAGGGGCGCUUGCCCGGCCGCGGCAACAAGCGACGCCGCGCGGCCGCCGCUUCUAGCGCCGGACCCAAGCGCAGGAAAGGCAAGGGCAACAAGAAGCCCAGAUUCAGUCUAUAGUGGCGUAGGCGAGGCUGGUUUUCAAUACACUGACGACGAGCGUU